AGAUCAUCCCCCGUUCUCCAUCAACCAUAACCUCGAACUCCUUCAGGACAACCAGGAAAGAGCCACCAUGUCAGCAACAGCAGAAUUGCAACGAAAGCUCGAGGCCGACUCGAAUGCCUACCAGACUCUUCAGAAAGACUACGCGAAGGCGGUCGAAUCAAGGCAGCGACUGGACUCUCAGCUUCAGGAAAACAAACUAGUCCAGGAUGAAUUCAAGUUGCUGAAGGAUGACGCCAACAUCUACAAACUCAUCGGGCCCGUCCUCACUAAGCAGGACAAGGUUGAGGCUGUCACCAACGUUGACAAACGUAUCGACUUUAUCAACGCCGAAAUUGAGCGCGUUGAGAAGCAGCUGAAGGAUUUGCAGGAAAAGACGGAGAAGAAGAGGAUGGAGUUGGUCCAGACACAGACAGCGCUGCAGCAACAAGCAGCAGCAUAACAACAGAAAUAAAGCUCAGAUCUGGCACAGUUCAAACAUGGACAUGUCGCAUAUGUGCAUUGCAGUUCUUGUUCCAAUAUAUUUGUUAUAAAGAUUCAAACAACAAUGGAC